AAUGGGUCACCUAAAUUCUUCUAAUCUACUGCUACAAUAAUAAUAUUAAAAUAUUAAAAUAUUAACAUGUUAAUAACCCCUUUCACGUUGCCAUAGUUUCUAGAACAUGAUCACCCCCCAGUAGAAGAAGAAAGGUUAGUUCUGGUGAUUUUUAUAAUUUAUUCGCAGUAAGUGUUUGAAAUAAAUGCCUGCCUGAUCCUGACUGACUGACCCAUGUUUUUGGUUUUCGUCUUUUCUUUUCUUUUGUAGUAGGGUAUGAUUCAUUGUCUCACCUGCCUUUCCUUUUCUUCUUGCUUUGUUAAUAUUGGAAAACAAUAUUUGUUUUCAGCUUCAGUUUUGCUGAUCAUGUUUGGUUUUAACUUUUAAAAUUUAAACCACUUGGUUCUUGAAUCGAAUCCGUUAGUCGAGCGUCGGUUCAAAUGGCGAAAGUGUUGUGGGUUGAAGAUGAAGAUAAUGGUCAUCCAGGAUGUAUCUCUAACAUAUUUCAUGUCAAGAAGAAGAUACUUCCACAUAGAAAAGGCAAUAGAAAGUACAAGAAGAAAUCAGAUUAUCACAAUUAUUUCGAAGUCUUAAAACUCUUUGAUGCCGAAACAAGUCAUAUAAUGGUGGAUCAGAGUAACAAAAAAACUUUUCCGACCCUAAAAAGGUCGUUAAAAGCUCGUAUAAAGGCGUUCAUUUCUGAAGUUAACGAUAAAGAACAAGAACAAGAACAGGAUCAAGAUUUUGUUUCGAGUCCAAAGUUACAAAGGACUUAUUCGAUUCAUCAUUUGGAAACCAACGAGUGGGUUCAUCCGAUCAUUUUCUUUCCUGAAAAUGUGACAGAAACUUCUAAAACACAUGUUGAUCUUACGAAUCCUCAAGUUAACGAUUCUUGGGAUAUUUUGGAAAUGUUUAAAGUUGACAAAGAGAUAUUCAUCAACACGUUACAAAACCGUUCACUAUCUUCUAUUACAGAACCAAAACUGGCUAAGUCGGUCAGUAGAAACUUGAUGCCUAUGAAGCUCGAAGAUAAACUGAAUGAAAGUUACAGCGUAUCAAAAGCCGAAAAGAUGAGGAACUCGCAUGACGAUGAUGUUAUUCGUCUCAGAAGAGUGUCUUCGCUCAAUGAAUCUGCUACACGAUAUUUUGAUUUCGGUAUCAGUAAAGAGGCCACUAUGCGCGCUUCAAGAAGCUUGAAGUCAACAUACGCAAGUGCGAAUCUUUUAAUGAAUGACCUAAGUCAAGGAUCUUGUGACGCUUAUUUCGUUAGAAGUUGUAGCCGAAAUGAAAGAAGUACAGUUUCUUUAUCUCUACAUAAUGAUCAGAUUUCGCAGGAGAUUACGCAAGAAAGCUCUGUUUUAGUUACUGAGUAUCAUACACCAGAUGAAAAGGUUAAAAUCCUACAAGGUUUUCAAGAAAACUUUGAGAAGGAGAUCAAAACUAUCAACAAUAAGAAACAAAUGGGCUCAUCAACAAAAGAUGAUGAUUUCACUUAUGUGAAGAAGAUUCUAGAACGAUCGGGUUACAUCAAGAACGGUUUUCAACAAACAUGGCAUUCGACCAAUCCACCAUUAGACCCGUUUGUGUUUCAACAAAUAGAGUCUCACUAUGUCCAUGAUCCAGAACGAUUCGCAGAGGAGGUUAAUGAAUUAUCGCAUCGUUUACUAAUAUUUGAUUUGGUUGAUGAAGUUUUGCUUACUAUGUAUGAAAGAUCAUGUACAUACUACCCAAAAGAAUUGUCGUCUUAUUGUCACAUUAGUCCUGCCCCGAAUGGAUCACUUGUUUUUGAUGAAGUUUGGAAGAGUGUUAGCCGAUUGCUCGACUUUGAGCAUGAUAUUAACGAAUCGUUAAACGAUAUUGUGACUUGCGAUUUGAAAAGUGAUGAUGGUUGGAUGAAUUUGCAGUUGGAUUAUGAGUGUGUUGGACUUGAUUUGGAAGAUUUGAUUCUUGAUGAAGUCUUAGAAGAAGUGGUGUUUGAAUUGAUUUAAGAAGGGAAUAUAGUAAAAACAAGUUGAUGGAAUGGGCAAAUUGGUCAUUUUGCUUACUUAAGAGUUAUGGGUGUACAUGUAAAUAUUAGUUUUGGAUGUAUCAUAAAUUGUUAAUUUUAUACUAUCAUAUCAUAACACUGUUCA